UGUUUUUGGACCCUCCUCAGCUCCACAGUAGAUGUGAGAUCCGUGGGAAUUUUCCUCCAAUAAAAAAAAAAAAAGAAAAACUUGUUUGCAGCUGUUGGAGCUCAUCAGGCGUCAGAAGGAGUCAUUUCAUCAAAAGAACAUGACCAGCUCGUUGGAGAGGGUUGUGGCCGAGAAGAAGGAGGCCAUCGAGGCGGUGAUGGAUAUGUUUCAGAAAGGUGCCGAGGUGUUGGCGAGCGCUGUGGGCGAGCUCUUCCCCCUCUGUGAGGCCGCCGCCCCGGUUCUCCGUCUGGCCUUGGACAAUGUCCAAAGCAAGGAGGUCUUUUAUGUCAAACAGCAGUUCCUGACGGUGAGGAACAAGCUGGACGUGCUCUCCGCCCAACUGGAAGACAUCGACUGCGAGAUCAAGAAGGGGAGACUGGACUCCCAGUACUUCUCGGUGGAGGAGAACAUUAGGAACCAGUUCCGGAAGUAUAUGGACAUCCUGGAGGCAAAACAGCAGUUCAGGGAGGUGAAGAAAAGACUUUUUGUUGAGCACUUUGCCAAAACUGGAGGAGAGAAGAACCUGUUUGUGCUGUAUGAUGCUCUGAUGGGGACAAACAGCUUUGGAGAGUCGGUUUUAGAUUUGGUUGAAAGGUACGUAGCGAGGAACCGUCGUCUCCUGGAAGAUUUCUGUGUCCGGAUGAAGGAGCUCUUCUGUUUGGGCCUGAUUGCUCUGCUGGGCCACUGUGCCUUAACCCAGGGCCAAGAGGAAGAAGACGACAAAAUCCAAGAGUGGAGCAGCAAAAUUGAGGAAGUAGAGUCCAGGAUGAAGACAACCAUCGAGUCCUGUGUCGCCGCCUUCCCAGAGCAAGCAAAAUCAGACGCCAAGCGCCUCCUACAAGAAAAGGAAGAAGAGAACCUGCAAGAUACGACUCAGCAGCUUCUUGAGUUCUUGGUGAAAAAGUACGAUUGGGUGAGCUGGUCAGUGCGGCUAAUCAACCACUCGGGGAGCACCUACCGGAACUGGCGAGCAGGGGAGCACUUUCACCACGUGGCGGGACAGAACUGGUUCGAGGUGCUCCAGGUGAACAACAUCAACCUGGUGGUGUCGUACAGCACUAAACCCCAGCCGGUGCCUCACGACUGCAUCCGGCAGGUGAUGGAGGACCAGGGGAAGAAGGGAAAAGCCCCGGCGGUGGUGGAGGUGUUGGAGAAGCAGCUGUGCGGGUUCGUCGUUCACGCCGUCAGUCGCCACAAGGAGUCUGCAGCUGCGUGGAGCUUCCCGGAGGACUGUCACUACUGGGAGAGACACAAGAAUGUGGCCGUGUGCGUGCACUCAGAGUAAAGCUGACUCGUGUUUUAAGUUUUAGGAUUUUACAGCAGAGAGGGGUUUUAGAUUAGAGUUGAGAAUAUCAACAUGGAGGUUUACCUAAAAUUAAAAUAAUGAAUCUCUAGUGAAGCAUCAAUCUGACACGAUUGAUGGUCGUCAGCGCCGAUACUGAGCUUAUGAAGAGAAUCAGGAAUCAACCAAAUGAAACCAAUCCACAUUAAAACCCAUUUCUUAGUCACUUUUGUUAUAAAAGUCAGUCAUUCCACCUUUAUUGAGUCGCAUCGGACUGCCAACUGAAUUUUGAGCACCACAAUAUUGUCUUAUUCAUCCAUAUUUUCUGCAUUUUUACAGUAAGGCAGUGGUGGAAGAAGUACUCAUCAAAAUAUACUUAAAGAACCAAAAGUAAAAGUACUCGUUAUGCAGAAUGGCCCAUUUCAGAUUAAUAUUUAUUAUAUUAUUACAUUAUAAUUAUUGAAGCAUUAAUGUGUUCAUCACUUUAAUGUUGAUAAAGGUGGAGCUCUUUUUAAUUACUUUAUAUGCUGCUAUGUACAGUAGAACCAUCUACAAUAAUGCAUCAUAGUUUGAUGAUCAUUUUGUGAAGGAAAAAAGUACAAUAUUUCCCUCUGAGAUGAAGUGGAGUAGAAGUAUAAAGUAGCAAAAAAAUAAAUGAUAUUAUAAAAUAUAAUAAAUAUAAAAUAUUCAAAUAAUGUACCUCAAAAUUGUACUUAAGUACAGUACUUGAGUAAAUGUACUUAGUUACGGUCAUUGUUGUGAAAUAAACCCCAAAGGGCAAUGCUCGAAGCUGCGAAGCUGCGAAGCUUUCGGGUCAGCCCUAAGAUUAUCGUUUGUUUUUUAUUUUAAAAUCUUUAUCUGAAGAGUAACUAGUAACUUUAGCUGUCAGAUCAACGUAGUGGAGUAAAAAUAGGGCUAAAUAUCUGAUUGUGAUUGUUUUUUUGACUGAUAUUGCGAUAUAAUUUGUGAUAUUUGAGGGAAUUU